AUGAUGGUGAUUGAUUCAACUUCCUCCCCUGGCCGAGUCGCGCCAACACAUGGCGAUAUUGUGCCUUUACAGAAAGCAGACAUCAUCGACCAGUGUAGCUCAAUAAUCGCUUCAACACUGGACUCUCUCAAUUCCGCCUUCCAAGAAGUCAACCUCAGCAUCCACUCCCAUCCCGAAGUCGCAUACCAAGAAGUCUUUGCCCAUGGCAAACUAACCGACUUCCUCGAAAAUCACGGUUUCCAAGUCAAACGCCACGCAUGGGGCCUCGACACCGCCUUUGAAGCAACAUUCGGCUCCGGAGGUCGUCAGGUCGUCUUCUGCGCUGAAUAUGAUGCACUUCCAGGCAUCGGCCAUGGCUGCGGCCAUAACCUCAUCGCUACAUCCUCUCUCGCGGCUUUUGUCAGUGCCGCCCGUGCUCUGCAGAUGACCAAGCUCCCCGGGCGCUUGCGUAUCAUUGGAACGCCUGCUGAAGAAGGCGGAGGCGGUAAGAUCAAGCUCCUUGAGGCUGGGGCUUUUGAUCCCCCGCAGGAUAUCGCGGCAGCUUUGAUGUCGCAUCCAAUGACCUCGGGACCAAGCUCUGAUGGGCUGGUGUACAAUGGGAUAGCUGGGACGAGAAGCAUUGCGGCAUACAAGAGCAAGGUCAUUUUCAAGGGCCGAGCAUCGCAUGCGGGUGCGGAACCGUGGAAUGGGAUUAACGCGUUAGAUGCUGCUGUUGCUGCAUAUGUUAACGUUUCCAUGUUGCGACAGCAGAUUAGACCAGAUGAGAGAGUGCACGGUGUUUUCGAAGAUGGUGGCACAGUCCCUAACAUUAUCCCCCAGUACACUCGAAUGAAUUGGUGCAUUCGCAGUCCCACGCUGGCCGGAUGCCGUGACCUCGUCAAGAGAGUGCAUGCUUGCUUCGAGGCCGGAGCUGCAGCAGCGAAUUGCCAGGUGGAAUACGAGACAGCGCCAUUAUACAGCGACCUACUAGUAAACAACAUCCUUUCAAACACUUACGUCGAGGAAAUGGCCAAGCUGGGACUGAAGAUAAAGCCAGAGGAGAACGUCCCUGCUUCAACGGACAUGGGUAACGUUUCGUACCAUGUUCCGGGCCUCCAUGGUGGAUUUGCUAUCCCUACUACCCCAGAUGUAUCUAUACACCAUCCAGACUUUGCUACAUGUGCUGGAAAGGAGGGUGCUCACAAAGCAGCUAUGGAUUGUGCCAGAGGGCUUGCGAUGACAGCAAUUAGGGUGUUGGCAGAUGAAGAAUUGUCUCAACGUGUCAAAAAUGACUUUGAAAGGGCUUCAUAG